AAUCUGCCGCAUUUACACCAGCAGCCCGCCAUGUCCCACUCCCCAGACGACCCAUACACGAGUCCCUCACCCUCUCCAUUCCCGUCCCCUCUCCCAAUUCCCGCCCCCACUUACGAAGACCACCUCAAUGGAGCGCCCCAUUCACACUCCUCCCCCUCUUUCGACUAUCACGAGGAACGCAGGACCCAUUUGAAGGACGAAAUCUGGAUGUCCCACCAUUUGCCUCGUCUCCCACCUCCAAGUGCGUCAGAGGCAGGCUCUUCUGUCCGCACAGACACCGGCACCAGUUUCAAAAGCAGGAUGGCUCCCGGGGACUAUUUCGAUACGAGUAAUCCAACCGGUCCUGUGCGACAACUGAGUCCCAAAGCAUCGUUCAAUCCUUCAGUGCUGCGUGCAAAUAUGUCCAACGUAGAGAAAGGUGGGGAGGCUAUGACUAUGCGCGAGCAUGAAGUAGAUCCUGAUGUCAACGAUCUCGGCACCGCUCUUCGUCAAGCAACUCUCCGCCUCGACAAAGAAUCCACCAUGCUUUCACCUUCAGGUCCAGAUUACGGAGAUUUGGAUCCUGCACCGGCCCUCGUCCACAGGCAAGAAAUGGAUGCUCAAGAAAGGCUAGAUCUUGAAGAAGAGAAGAAGGAGAAGGAGUUAGCCAUGAAGGCUUUUACAGGUGAAAAUGAGGGACAAACAAAAGUGCAGCCUCAACAACCCAGUGGCGUUCAACAAGGAAUCGGAAAUGAACUCGAGUCGCUCUACGCGUCAUUUUCCCGCUGUCUCGAGCUUCGUGACAAGUACAUAGAACUUUCAAACCAACGCUUGGGCGACAACCCUCGAGACCACGAUGGCACCUUCCACGGGUUCAAUCCUGCGUCCGCAGGUGACGUGAUGGGCCUCAAGCCCGAAUAUGAUCCCGAAACUGUUGAGAUCCCAGCUGAGGCCAAAGAUGAUAUCCCUACGUGGAACAUUUAUCCUCCCCCUCCCCCUCCUCGUUGGCAUUGGAAGACCGCCCAGGAUGGCGUUCACCCUGAGCCUGCAACGAUAGAAGAUAAUAACAAGCGAUCAGCUCCAAAUCAGAGGGAUGUGGAAGUUUUCAAGGUGGAGGAUUGUGAAAUCCCGGGUAAGGAUGAAGGGAGGACAUUUAUGGUCAAUGAUGAAGGUGUGUUCACUGUAUACGUGGACAGGGUCAAUUCUCCCUCCGUCAGCAAUGGGCAACCCCCCGAGCGUCAAGCGAACGCACAAAUCUCAGACGAUAAGCAACCUCUUUCGCGUGUUCCCAGUCUCAAGGAGUACUUCACCGACCUUGAUUUCCUUCUUGGUGUUUGCUCUGAUGGUCCUGCCAAGAGUUUUGCUUUCAGAAGGCUCAAAUACCUUCAAAGCAAGUGGAGUCUUUAUUGUUUGUUGAAUGAAUAUCAAGAAUUGGCGGAUAUGAAGGCCGUACCUCAUCGAGACUUUUACAACGUCCGAAAAGUUGACACUCACAUUCACCACUCGGCAAGCAUGAACCAGAAGCAUCUUCUGCGAUUUAUCAAGUCCAAGCUCAAGAAGUCACCUGAUGAAAUUGUCAUCCAUCGAGAUGACAAGGAUCUCACGCUGAAGGAGGUCUUUGAGUCGCUUAAUCUCACGGCUUAUGAUCUUUCCAUUGACAUGCUUGAUAUGCACGCCCACCAAGAAUUCCACCGAUUCGACAGGUUCAAUGACCGAUAUAAUCCAACCGGAUCUUCCCGUCUGCGUGAAAUCUUCCUCAAGACUGACAACUUGUUAAAGGGGAAGUAUCUGGCUGAACUCACACACGAAUUAAUCACGGAUCUGGAACAGAGUAAAUACCAACACUCUGAAUGGCGUCUCUCCAUUUAUGGCCGUAACAUCAACGAAUGGGACAACCUUGCAAAAUGGGUGGUCAACAAUAAGCUCAUCUCGCAUAAUGUUAGGUGGUUGAUUCAAGUUCCAAGACUUUAUGAAGUUUUCAAGGGUCAGGGGCUGGUCGACAAUUUUGAGGAUGUUGUCCGCAACGUUUUCCAACCUUUGUUCGAAGUAACUCAGGACCCUGCUUCCCAUCCUGAGCUUCAUAUUUUCCUUCAGAGAGUCGUAGGAUUUGACUCUGUCGACGACGAAUCUAAACCCGAGAGACGACUCUAUCGCAAGUUCCCAACCGCCAAAAUGUGGAACACUAAACAAAGUCCGCCCUACAGUUACUGGAUCUACUACAUGUACGCUAACAUGGCGAGCCUCAAUGCUUGGCGUCGUUCUCGCAGUUUCAACACUUUUGUCCUCCGGCCUCAUUGUGGUGAAGCCGGUGAUCCCGACCAUCUUUCAUCGGCGUUCCUCACCGCCCAUUCUAUCUCUCACGGCAUUCUUCUUCGUAAGGUCCCUGCAUUGCAGUACCUAUUCUAUCUCAAGCAAAUUGGACUGGCUAUGUCUCCAUUGAGUAAUAAUGCCUUGUUCUUGACGUACGAGAGGAAUCCAUUCAAAGACUUUUUCAGGACUGGGUUGAACGUGUCGUUGUCAACAGAUGAUCCCCUUCAGUUCCAUUUCACUGCCUCCCAUUUGCUUGAAGAGUACUCGUGCGCUGCGCAAAUUUACAAACUUACCCCUGCCGACAUGUGUGAGCUGGCGCGAAACUCUGUACUUCAAUCUGGCUGGGAAAUGCAAGUCAAAAAGCACUGGUUAGGUCAAAGGUGGUAUUGGCCUGGUGCUGCUGGUAAUGAUAUCCAUAAGACCAAUGUGCCCACAAUCAGGUUAGCAUAUCGACAGGCCACUUUACUGGAGGAGCUGGCUCUCAUUCGCCACGGGGAGCAUUCUCCAAGUGCUACCCCUACCCACUUGAAACCACCCACUACUAUCAAACCCGACAAGCCCGGUCUUGCCACGCAUUCUUCCGACAUUGCUGCGGCCGCUAUGGCCAAGUCGUCUGGUAUUCCUGCUGCACACCUUGUUGGCGGAGCGUCUGAGCUUGAUCGUCGAAGUUUGGAAAGAAAGAGAGCUAUAGGUGGAACGGAUAAGCAAGCACAGAUGUCUGAUACCGCAAGUUAAGCAAGCCUCUGGUAAUUUUGCUUUGAGACAAUUCGUGUAAACAUGUAGAUGUACAUAUAUCUUUAUAUAACUCAACACACCGGCUAUAUAGAACAAAUGAAAUACCAACAAAAG